GGGCGAGCAAGGUCUGAGGCUCCGCUCCCCGAAACGUGACCAUGUGGAUUCAACAGCUUUUAGGACUCAGCUCCCUGUCCGUGCGCUGGCCGGGCCGCUCCCUGGGAAGUCAGGCUUGGAUUCUCAUAGCCAUGUGUCAGCUCGCCGUUGACCUGCCCGCCUGUGAGGCCCUGGGCCCCGGCCCCGAGCUCCGGCUGCUGCCCCGGCCCUCGCCCCGGCCGCCCCGCUUGUGGAGUGCCAGGAGCGGACAGCCCGCCCGGAUCCCCGCGCCUGUGUGGAGCCCGCGCCCGGCCCGCGUGGAGCGCAGCCACGGACAGAUGCAGAGUCCCCGGGCCAAACGGGCGCACAGACCCCGGGACCAGGUGGCCGCCCUGGUGCCCAGGGGCGGGCUCGCCAAGCCCCCCGCGGCCGCCAAACCCAGCCCUUCCCUGGGCGCCUCCCCCUCCCCCUCGUCCCCUGCGGUGGGCGGCGGGGCCCCCACGGACCGGCAGGCCCUGCUCAGGCGGGGGAAGAGGCAGCUGCAGGCAGCCGGCUUCAGCGGCUUCGACUUCCGGGGCGGCCGACCCACCACGGAGACCGAGUUCAUCGCCUGGGGGCCCACGGGCGAGGAGGAGGCCCUGGAGUCCAACGCCUUCCCCCACGGCCCCACCACCGUCUCCAGCUUCCACACGCGGAAGACGACGGUGGCCGCCACCACUACGGCCACCACGGCCGCCUCCGUGACGCUGCAGACUAAGGGGGUCACCGCGCCCCCGGCCCCCGGGAACAGGGUCCCGGGCGGGGUCAGCACAACGCAGCCUUCCACCAGCCCCAGCCGAGACCGCGGCACAGACCCGAAGCCCCCACGGAUCCCGGGGGAGACCGCAGGUCUGGCCGUCCAUCAGAUUGUCACCAUCACCGUGUCCCUCAUCAUGGUCAUAGCUGCUCUGAUCACAACUCUUGUCUUAAAAAACUGCUGCGCCCAAAGCGGGAACCCCCGGAGGAACAGCCACCAGCGGAAGGCCAACCAGCAGGAGGAGAGCUGCCAGAACCUGACGGACUUCACGCCCGCCCGGGUGCCCAGCAGCCUGGACAUCUUCACGGCCUACAACGAGACCCUGCAGUGCUCGCACGAGUGCGUGCGCGCCCCCGUGCCCGCCUACGCCGACGAGACGCUGCGCUCCGCGGGGGAGUACAAGUCCACGUUCAACGGGAACCGGCCCACCUCUUCGGACCGGCACCUCAUCCCCGUGGCCUUCGUGUCCGAGAAGUGGUUUGAAAUCUCCUGCUGACUGGCCGAAGUCUUUUUUACCUCCUGGGGGCAGGCCAGACGCCACGCGUCUGUUUCAUGGAUUCCGUUGGCGAACCUGUAAAAAACUUCAAUUCAAUUAAAAACAAACAAAACCCUAAAACUAAACUCUCUGAGGGGGAGGGCCCCCGCACCCACCACUUCUGUGUGCCGGUGGGGACUCGGAGCAGGACGCUAUAGGCCAAAUAUAUUUUUAUAGAGAUGCCUGCGCCUAUGGGGGCCUGCCUCCUCCGGGCGCUCGGGGGAAGGGCGGCGAGCGAGGGACGCCGGCGAGGACCUGGGGACGGCGGCGAGGGACGCGGACGCCGCGACGGGGACGCCUGGGGUCCGUGCUGCCGCGAUCCUGAACCUGUGCCAAUAAUACCACAUGUGCCAUGGACGGACCCGGAAGACGAGGCGCCGCCGCAGCCAGAGGGCCACGCACAGACGUCUCCCGGACAACGGGGGUGGGAGUCUCUUCCGGUUGAUCUCGAUGUAGAUAAAUCUAUAAAGACACACACACAUGCGCACACACACACACACACACACACACUUUUUUGUACCGUAGCAAUUUUUGAAUAUCUUCAAUGUUCCUUUUUAAAAAUGAGUGUGAUCGGUGACACACCUGGUUUAUUUAACAUGCUUAGUGCGCGCGCAACCCACUGGUGUUUUCUACUGUGCCCACUCACGCACACGCCACACGCGGCCUCCCACGCAGGCACACACCCGGACACGCAGACGUCUCCGCACGCGUGUAUAUAUAUGCGUCUACUGGAAAUGCGGUCCCACGGGGGAGCGUCUCCCUCCUGGCGCCCCGGCGUCUCCUCGCCAUCCCCCGGGGGACGGCCUCCACCCACCCACACAGACCCGCGGGCGA